AUGGAAAGGAAACUGAUCAAAGUGUUGUUCUUGUUUAUAUGUGUGAUCAUGGCUUUGGUUUGUCGUCAUCGAUCCGAAGCUCAGGAGACCAAGGUAAGUCCCAAUGAUAAUUGCUUGAGGUCGAUACUGAGCGUUAAAGGUUGUUUCAAUGCCGUGAAAGCUGCCUUCGGCGGAGACAUUAAAGGUUUGACUAAGGAUUGUUGCCACGUCGUGAAUGGCCUCGCCGAGGGUUGUUUUCCGGUUGUUUUCCCCGGAACACCCUUCACUAGAUUACUCGUUAAAGCUGUGUGUACCGAAGCAUACGGUAAAGGUAACUAUUAG